AUGGCGGGUACGACAAAGCGUGAGCAGAAAGCGGCCAAGUUUCGUGCAAAGAAGCAUGCCGAUGUGAAGGAGGACAAGAGCGAGGAUACGAACGAGUCUACCGGGACAGUUCCUACGCCUGCGGCCGAGGCGGCAGCCGAGCCUGCUGCGGAGCCUGCUGCAGAGCCGGCUACAGAGCCUACGCAGUCUACCGAGCCUGCGGCGCAUGCCGACGAAGCCGCUGCCUCGACCGACGCGCCAAAGCCCAAAAAGAGCAAGAAGCGCAAGACUCCCCCCUCGAGCGAGGGUGCGACGCGCACCGUCUUUGACGAUGACGGCGUCGCGAAAGAAGUUGCUGCCCCUGCUCCUGCCCCUGCCGAGACAAAGCCCGGCCAGAAAUAUAUCGUGUUUGUUGGCAACAUGUCCUUUGACGUGACGGCCGAAAUGCUUGCGAAGCACUUUGCCGAGACGUGUGGCGAGACACCCCAAGUGCGUCUGCUCACGAAGCGUGCGGACCCCAAAGCGCUCGAAGGUCUCUCGAACUCGAAGCGCAAGUCGAUUGCCAAAGGCAAAGCACGGGACCCCUCUGCCCCCGUCUCGAGAGGCUGUGCGUUUGCCGAGUUCAGCUCGCCGACUGCGUUGCAAAAAGCACUGCGUUUUCACCAUUCGCAGUUCCAUAACCGCCAGAUUAAUGUCGAGCUCACCGCGGGCGGUGGCGGCAAGAGCGAGCAACGCCAGGAGAAGAUCAAGGCGAAGAAUGCCGAGCUCGAGAAAGAACGCCGCAAACAUUUCGAAAAGCACGUCAAGCCGCAGGCCGAGGCGCAGAAGCAGAAGCAGGCCGAGGCUGCGCCUGUGUCUGCCCCCCCCUCGGUGCCUGCCGCGCGCGACGCGCCGCCGGCGAAGCGCCCCAAAUUUGCGAGUGGCGCCAAUGCUGUGCGUCUUGGGUAA